CAUAUUUACAAAAGGGUGAAGCCAUUUAACUUGAAAAAAUCAGAUAAAACUGGUCGCACUCUGCUAAAACCCUAAACCCCACCCAAACAAACCAAAAAAAAAAAAAAAAUGGAACUGCAAUCGGUUUGUCAUGGGCUUCCCUCCCCAAAGAUGGGGUUACCAACUCAUCGUUCGGUCUCUCAUCAAUUUGUUUCUACAAGUCAGUUUGGAUUGAGGAAUCAAAAAUUUCGACUUGGGGUUGCCUCAAAAUCAUAUUUGAGGCUUGGUUUGAAGAGGGCGUUUAAGGAGUCUUUAGUGCUGAACUCAAAAAAAGGAACUAUUGUAUGUGCUGUUAACUCUAACCCAGAUGCUCAGUUGGGGGUUUUGGGAGGGGAGAAUUCUGAUUCUGGUGUGCCUGUUACUUCAUUUAAUGGGGUAGAGCCGUUUCGUGGAAAAUCGGGUUCGAUUUCAUUUUCUGGGUUGAGCCACCAGCUGGUAGAGGAAGGGAAAUUGCAGUCAGCCCCUUUUAAUGAAGAGAAGGGAUCAUUUCUUUGGCUUUUAGCCCCUAUUGCGCUGAUAUCAUCUUUGAUUCUUCCGCAGUUCUUCUUUGCUAACGCAAUUGAAGCUUUCCUGGAGGACAUGCUUCUCGUAGAAAUUGUGACUUCUUUAUUUUUUGAGGUCCUGUUUUACGUUGGUCUUGCAAUAUUCCUGCUUGUCACUGACCGUGUUCAAAGGCCAUAUCUGCAAUUUAGCCCAAAAAGGUGGGGUCUCAUCACAGGUCUCAGAGGAUAUUUAACAUGCGCUUUCUUCACAAUGGGCUUCAAAGUCAUUGCCCCUCUCUUUGCUGUGUAUGUAACCUGGCCGAUGAUUGGCCUGCCAGGCCUGGUUGCAGUGUUUCCUUUUCUAAUGGGUUGUGUUGCUCAAUUUGCAUUUGAGAAGAGUCUUGAGAAGCAAGGAUCGUCUUCUUGGCCCUUAGUUCCUAUUAUUUUCGAGGUCUAUAGACUUUAUCAGCUGACCAAAGCUUCCCAUUUCAUUGAGAGGUUGAUGUUCACAUUGAAGGACCUUCCUGCUUCUCCAGAAUUGCUGGAAAGAAGUGGUGCCCUCUUUGCUAUGAUAGUGACUUUCCAAGUUCUCGGUGUGGUCUGCCUGUGGUCGUUGAUGACAUUUCUUUUAAGGCUUUUUCCUUCUAGACCCGUAGCAGAGAAGUACUGAUGUUUGCAUGGGAUGCUGUAUUUCUUUUUACUUCUUCUUUUUAUUUUAUUUAAUUAUAUAUAUAUUUUUUGUGCUCAUGUUCAAGUUCUGUACAAUCUCAAACUUUGUAUCCUUACUUCGUUAGUCAUGUUGUAGAAUCUAAA